AUGCUAAAGUCAAACUUCAUUAUAACCCCAUCAGAACCUUAUGUAUACGUGGAUGGACCGUCUGAUAAAAUACUGACCCGAGUCUUGAAGAUUGCUUUGAGCCUCAGUCAUGGAAACAUAACAACCUUGAUUUUCCAUUAUAACCUAUUUGUCAGUGACGAUCAAUUGACUUAUACAGCCGAGAGGUGCCCACGUCUGAAGCGUCUAGUUAUGCCUGCAUGGAACAGAAUAAAGAAGACUGGAAUAUGUAAAGCUAUUCGCGUAUGGGAAGACUUGGAGUCAUUGACAAUGCCUAGCAUAUCGAACCCUCCAUAUCUAAUUGAGGAAAUUGCCAAAAAUUGCAAGAAGUUUGCUGAACUGAAGAUCAUGGGCCCGUGCCACAUUUACUUUGCGUCGACACUUGCUGCAUUCCUCCCGAACUUAAAAAUCUUAAGCAUUCGGUGCUCUAUGAUAUAUAAGGAAGCCCUUAACAUUGUCUUGGAUGACUUGAAAGAGUUGGAAGUACUGAACAUAUCUCACUGCGAACUUAUAGAAAAGCCUCCACCUUCACCUCGAAGAGUCCUCAGGCAGCUUGACGAAUCAAUUCUAGAAAAAGCUAGGAGGCUGCGGAAAUUUAUAACGUGCAUGAAUGACUCAUGCAUCACGUGCCAGCGCACGAGGUACGACGAAGGGCUCAUGAGGUGGUACAAGUAUGAAGCAGAUUUCUGGAAAGUAGAUGAAGUGAAAUCUCUUGCAAUUUGA